CCAGUAAAUACGUGCUGCUUGAUGAAGAUCAGGCCAGCAUAGAGGUGGCACUGGCAUGAAUAGCCAGCAAAUACGUGCUGCUUGAUUGAUUGAUGAAUUACGGGCUAUUCAUGCUCGUGGGCUUAAUCUUCAUCAAUCGAUUGUUGAAGAUUAAAGGAGUCAAAGAGGUGGUAUGGGUCAGUAAUAGCCCGUAAGGUGGUGGUGGCGGCGAGGCUGGCACAUUUAAAGGUGGCGGUGGGUGAGGUGAGGGCGGGCGGGAGCGAGGACCGGCGGGGGUGGCGGCCGCCCGGAGCUCGCCUUUCCUCCCCGCCAAGAUGGGAACUUUCCUCGCCGGCUCCUCCUAUUGCCGCCUCUGUGCCACCCACGCCGUGGAAGGCUUCACCAUUUUCGACGACAGCGAAGAAAAGGCAUCCCUGGCCAUCCUGAUCAACAAAUAUUUGCCAAUUAAGGUUGUGGAUGAUGGACAGCUACCGGUACGUAUCUGUGAAAGGUGUCACAUGGGGGUGGCUGCUACCGUUGACCUCAUUGAUCGUAUGGUGGAAGGUCAACAGCGACUACGAUCACUCCUUCAGUCACAGAAGAUACCAGACACCUUGCAUGCAGUCCUUGUCAACAUACAAGGAGAGUCUCCUGAUAUACCGAUGGAUGAUUUGGCUAAAGGUACUAAAGUAGCAAAAGUGUUCAGUGAGAACCACCCUUUGAGUAUAGCUGUUGAAGGUCAACCAGUUAUCAAAAAGAAAAGAGGAAGGCCAAAGAGAGGAGAGAGACCUUCAAAAGCAGUAAUUAAGAAGGAAGAAUUACCAUCCCCUGAAGAAGACCUAAGAAAACAUGGCCCUAGAAGGUCCAACAGGAGAGCCAGCUUGCCUACAAGAUAUCGGGAUACCAUUGCUGGCCGAGAUUUUGAAAAACUUAUGAAAGAAUCUGGUGUAAAAGAGGAGUUGGAAGACCUUGAUGAUAUGGAGGAUGCAGAUUACAAGCAUCAAGGUCUGUUUAUGCCUUCCAUGUUCGAAAUUACAGAAAAAGACGAAAGCUUGGAUGAUGAAAGAAACACAAGUUUGGGAAAAAUUGAAGAUGGGGCAAGUAUUGUAAUAGCUCCAGACUCUGCAGGACCUCCAUCAGAUCUGCCAAUAUCUGUCAACAUUGAAGUCGAUUUUCGAGACGAUGGAAAUAUUACCCUACGUGGUAUGGAAGAUUUGGAUGACAGUAAAAGUAAAACUUCAAUCUCCUGUGUUAGUUCUGUCCAGAUUACAACUGUAGGAGAGGCCAUAAAUUCACCUUCCAAAGCAACAUUCAGUGAAGCAACACUCUUCCGAAAGAGACGAGGAGCCAAAAAGAAAGCCAAGUGGUUGUGUGACAUAUGUGGCAAGGGCUUUCUACAUAAAGGACGAUAUCUUUUACACACCCGUCUCCAUAAGCAAGUGAUCCUUCAGUGCGAGACAUGCAAGGACAGAUUUUCCACCAGAGAGGACAUCAACAUACACCAACAGAAUACCGACCACACGGGCUUAGGUAUCAUUGAAAUUGAGAAAGAAGGAGAACAAGUUGAGUUCAAGUGCCCACACUGUCCCAGUAGAACCUUUGUAACUGAGGAAGGCUAUAAUAACCAUGUAUCCAGUAUGCAUGAGGGUGCUAAACCUUUUGCUUGUGCAACAUGUGGGAAAAGGUUUGCAUAUCAACACAGUCUCCGCAACCACUAUGCACUACACGAGCCUCCCAAAGAAGAGCGGGAGUAUCCUUGCCCAACAUGUGGCAAAGUAUUUACUCAUCCAAGCUCCCUCAUAUAUCAUCGUGAUUCAACCCACAAUAAUGGACGCAUGUUUGUGUGUCACAUCUGUAAUGCUGCAUUUAAGCACAAACAACUUCUUCAGAGACACUAUAGUGUCCAUUCCGAAGACAGACCCUUCCCUUGUGAGGUGUGCCACACAGCCUUCAAAACCCGAGGAAACCUGUAUAACCACAUGAACACUCACACAGGCCUUAAAAAGUUCACUUGUGAAAUCUGUGGCAAGCAGUUCAACCAUCUGACUUCUUUAACCUUACAUGUGAGGUCACACACCGGUGAAAAACCAUUCAAAUGUGAAUAUUGUGGGAAGAGAUUUACCCAAAAUGGCAAUCUUCAGGAACAUAUUAGAAUUCACACAGGAGAAAAGCCAUACUGUUGUGAAGCUUGUGGGAAGAAAUUCACAACAUCUUCACAGUUCAAACUUCAUAUGAGACGUCACACUGGAGAGAGGCCUUUCACAUGUUCUUAUUGCAACAAACCAUUCUUGAAUCGAGAAGCCUGGCGAACACACGAAAGAAAACACAGCGGAGAGAAACCAUUUGUCUGUGAAGUUUGCACAAAAGGUUUCACUGAACAAUACACUCUGAGAAAACAUCUGCGAAUGCAUACAGGGGAGAAACCAUACACUUGUCAUGUGUGCGGAAAAGCCUUCAGUGAUGCAUCCAACUUGCAUAAACAUCGCAAAUGUCAUCGUGAGGAUGAAACCUGGCUUCUGUCGGAUCCAGCGACCAUUGAAGGCACUGAAGGAGAUCACCGGAUCAUUUAUAUUCUUUCUGACAAGGAUGAGAAUGAUGCAACACUUACAGCUCUACAAGCUGUGGAUACUGACAUUUCUGAAAAUUCACACCUGGAGAAUAUUACAGAUGGUACAACUCAAAUGAUUCAACUAAAUCCAGAAAGCCAGACACUCCGAAGUUUUUCACUAACUUCAUACAACCAGUCUUCCACAGAAACUACUGUCAUGCUUCAGGAAGGAACUAGCCAAGAAACAGAUAGACCAAUUCGGAUUUUUACUAAUGACGAAGGACAGUCUGUUAUCCCGGUUAUUAAUUCAUCUGGAGAAACAAUUGCAGAAGUUCAAGGACACUUCCUUGCUGGUUCCGAAAAUACUUCAAAUGUCAGCUCUCUUGGAAACAGCAGCACCCUUGAAAUUUCUCUGAAGGAUGGACAGCCACUUAGUAUUGUCAUUCCUGAUGGAGAAGAUCCAACAUUGUACGUCCAAAGAGCAAUAGAGUCGGCAGUAUUAUCUCAGCAGCAGCAGCCAGCCACACCACAGCAACAGGGACAGGCAGUUCAUUCGCACUCGCAAUAAUGGGUUUUUGAGCCUUAUUGAAGAGAUAGAGAUGCAUAAUUUAUUUUCAAAAGCACUCAUGUUUAUGUACAUUUUUUCAAAUUAAAUUAUCUUGUGCUUCCAUAU